AUGGCAUCAAAGAUUGUUCUAUUCGCCACUUUGUUGGCCGCCACUAAAGCCAGCCAUUUAAGCUACAACCACUUUACAGCCCCAUUGGAAUAUAACUCCAUCUCUGUCCCAACCAUCCAACGUUACCUGCAUCAAUCCGCUCCAAUCGUCACCAAAGUUUUAGAACAAGGCCCGGCACCAAUCUACACCAAAGUUCACCACGAACCAAUAGUAGCUCCAGUCACCAGAACCCACGUAUCACCUCUGGUCCAAGAAUAUGACUACGGCUACUCUUUAAGCGAUCCUUACAGCGCCAAUCACCAAAACAAAGUUGAAUCUCGUCGUGGUGAUGUUGUGACCGGUAGCUACUCUCUUUUGGAAGCCGAUGGCAGCAAAAGGAUUGUAGAUUAUAUAGUAACUCCUUUGGAUGGUUUCAAAGCUACCGUGCGCAAAGAAGCUCCUAUAGUAGCUGCACCAAUUGCUGAAGCUCCAGUUUUAUUGGAAAAACAACAUUUUGCAGCCCCAGCUUUGGAAUAUGGAUUGUAA